GGUGGGAGCGGGGGUAGCACUGCAGCCGCUGGACAGACGUAGCAGCGUGAUCCUCGAGCGGAGCACUGUCCAGUCCGGUCGGUUAAAUUCAGUUCGUGGACGGUCGGUCACCCUAGGGCGCAGACGCGUCUGCUAGGAUUUCUGUUCCUAAGGCUGCUGUUGAGGUUGCUGCUCAGCGCUUCAGAGACGUUCGCUCCUUGUUUGAUGCCAUCAAAACCUUCUCUUCAUCGCCCGUUAUACUGAAAGGAAGAUCAGACAGGGCUGAAUCAUGGCUCAACUUCAGAGGUCGUGCCUGCCCAUUGUGGAUCAGGGCUGCUGCUGCGAUUUGAAGACUUGCUGCAAGGUGCAGGGCUGGCUCCAAGUAGUCGGUUGCAUUUUGUCAAUUAUCUCUAGCAUCCAUGUAUUUGCUUCCGUCCCAGCCUUGUGCCAGGAUGCUGCAGAGAAAGGCGUCGAUUGCUUCGAAGACGAGAAAAUGCACAAAAUGCGACUCGCCGCUGCUGUCACCAUCGAGGGGAUCGACGUGGUCAUCCAGGUCAUCUUCUUGCUCAGCGCCGUUUUCUUCUUAGUGGGCAUCUCUCAGGGCGAGCCUAGCAAGAUGGUGCACUACAUUCGCAUGAUGUGGAUCAACCUCUGCUGGGGCAUCAUCUUCACUAUCGUCAGUGCUGUUGUCGUCACGCCACUGUCCCUGAUCUUCUUCGUGCUCCUGGGUGUUCAAGUCUACUGCCUGAUAUGCGCCAAUUCCCUCCACGUCCAGAUGGUGGCAGAUCGAAAGGGCCCGUACACUCGUCAAACAGCGUAAAGAAGAAAUGAUGUUACUGGCCGGAUGGUCUCACGUGUAUUUUCGUAUUUUCCUGGCCACUAUUGAAGUUCUUUAUUUUUUAGUUUUCGGUCCAAAGUUUAGGCCGAACAUUUUCUCAUUGCAUUCAUUAUGCAGGAUGAUUAAAUUGUGUUUAAAGUGUGUGAAAUAAAAGUUCUUUGACUUAACUUGUGA